UCAAGAGUUAUAAACACUUGACUUGGUGGCCAUAUUGCUCAAAAAACAACAUAACCUUUAUACAUGGUCUAUCCCUAUUCCCUACUAUGGUAACAUUGAGUUAUAGACUGACUGUUGUGUUGUGAGAGGUUAGAGUUCGUGUUUGUUACUUCUGUCUGAUAAUGAACUUUCUUAUGCAAUUAUAUUAAAAUUUAAGAAUGGGGGAUGAAAUAAAAAAGAUAUCUUUCGGUUUCAGUAAAUUAUCAAAAAAGCCUUCUAUUAUUUCCAGUCAUACAAAUCAAGUUAAACCGGAAAAGAAUACAAUAGAACUGAUUGAUUGUGUGGAAGGUAAUUCAAUCAAACUAAAAGAACCUUUUAAAAGUGAAAACAAUGUGUUAGUAAUUCCCCUGAAAAAACAAUCGGAAGAUUUACGUGUGCGACAAGAUAAGGAAUUAGAAACCAAACAAGUUGGAGGCGGAACAGCAGGUUUGGUUGGUGACUUUGUUGAUAAUCAAGUUUCUAACAAUUCUAGCCAAGUUUGUGAACCUUCAACUGACAGCCAGGCAAGUGACGUAAAUAAGGAUCUAAAAAUCUCUAACCCUCAAGAAUGUGAGAAACUAACCUUAGACGAAAUUGCCGCAAGAGAAAUUAUAGCAGAGUUAAAUUCAAACAAUGCCAACGAAGAAGCUCGUAUUUUUAGUGUUCCACUGACAAGCAAUCCUCCUACAGGUGAGAAAGAAUCAUCUCUUGAUGAUUAUGAUAAUGUACCAGUAAAUGAAUUUGGAAUGGCUAUGCUUAGAGGUAUGGGAUGGGCUCCAGGUAAAGGUAUUGGGAAGAAUGAAAAGUCUGUUACUGUAAAAUUACCAACAGUUAGGCCUAAAGGAAUGGGGUUUAGGUGCUGA